AUGUCAGAGCUAUCGGAGGAAUCAACAGAAGGAUCUGCAAUAAAUUCGAAUGAGCACCCAACUAUUGGACAGAAAAGUACAAAUAACCAAGCAAAAUCAGAGCAAUAUGCAUCAAGAUUAAAUAAUUUACAAAGAAUACAACAGAAAAAACAGGCAGUGCUUUCUUUGCCUUACAACGAAAAAUUAUUGAAGUUGGCGGUGUAUUCUAAAUGCCAAGGUGAAAAAUGUGAUUGCAUUGGAUGGAAAAGAGUUGAUAUCAAUCAGCAGAAUCCCACCUUUACAGAUCCUUGUAGAUGUGAACAUCAUCUAGAAAUGCAUAUAUCCCAUUUGAUUGGUAAACCAGAGCAAGAACUAAAUAGGUUGCUAAAUAUGGUUGAAGAUGUGGAAAACAUGUACACAGCUAUGAGUAGGGAGAAAAAUCAAGAAACACAGAAAGUAUAUCUGUAUCUAUUCAGGUUAUUGAGGAAAUGUAUUGUAACUCUCGACAAACCCCUUGUGGAAGGUCCUUUAGGUCAACCGCCUUUCCAAAAACCGAGCAUACACAAAGCUGUCACCAAUUUGUUGAUUUAUAAAUUUUCACAUAUAAGUCAGCAAGAACUGAAGACGAUGUAUGAAUUGGUGAAGAUUUUAUUCCAUUGUUUGAACACUUGGGAUUUUCCUUGUCCGAGCAGCCAAAAGCAUAUCGUGAGCCAAGAGGAGGCUAUGAAAUAUAAAAUUGAAUAUACCAGGUGGCUGGUAUUUUGUUACGUCCCUACCUUUUGUGACUCCUUGCCUCACUUCGAUACCACAAUGGUCUUCGGAAGGACGCUGCUGCGAGCUGUGUUCAAAUAUAUCAGGAAACAAAUCAUGGAUCAAUUCUAUAGAGAAAGAGACACUAUGCCUCCUGAUAGAAGACAGCUCUUGCUUACUAAUUUUCCGCCGUUUUUAAAUCACUUGGAUGAAGAGAUUUAUGCUUCGAAUUCGCCUAUCUGGGAUCCCGAAUUUAAGGCCACGUCUUUGCAUUUCCAAUCUCUUUUAGAUUCCAGACUAAGAGCCAGCGCCAGUAGUUCUAAAAAACCCGAAUUCGAAAAAGUAGUUUUAGGACAAACCGAACGGGAGGGUUUUACAACCUCCGUUCUUACUCCAGGAAAGUCAAUUCGAUCAAUAGAAAUGCCAAGUAGAGAAGCGAAACGAAAAAAAAUCGCCCAGGAUGAACAAUUUGAAGAUAUGCCAAAAGAGCUCGUUGCUCAAAUUAUUGCCACAAUCGAUGAUCCGAAUUACAUGACUGGUCCAGAUAUGGUCUUCUCUGAAAACGCACCGGCCACUGACGAAGUUCCAAAAUUCGAGGAACAAAGAAAUAUAAUUCAGCUUCACGUUGUUGCAAACUGCUUAACUACACCGGUCUCUAAACAGACAAUGCUGUGGUUAAUUGGAUUACAAAACGUGUUUUCUUACCAACUACCUCGAAUGCCUAUUGAAUAUAUAACGCAGCUUUUAUUCGAUCCCAAACAUCGUACGAUAGCUUUGGUCAAAGAAGAUCGACCUAUCGGAGGAAUUUGUUUUCGGCCGUUCCAAACGCAAGGUUUUACUGAAAUUGUGUUUUGCGCUGUAACGUCGAGGGAACAAAUAAAGGGAUAUGGAACACAUCUGAUGAACCAUUUAAAGGAUUAUCACAUAUCCAAAGGCAUUCUUCAUCUUUUGACGUUUGCCGAUCAAAAUGCUAUUGGUUACUUCGAAAGACAAGGUUUCUCCAAAGAUAUCAAAAUGAACAGGGUAGCUUAUCAAGGGUACAUUAAAGACUAUGAAGGAGCCACGCUUAUGCAUUGCGAACUGAAUCCAAAGAUAGUCUAUACUGAGUUCACGAGUAUGGUACAAAAACAAAAGAAAUUUGUGCAGCAAUUGAUUUAUCAACAGCAAAAAACGGUUUCGAAAAUUUAUUCCGGAGUGACAUUCUUCAAAGAAGGUGUUAGAAGUAUACCCAUCGAAUCAAUCCCGGGAAUAGAAGAGACUGGGUGGAAACCGGCAGCCCGGACCACUAGAGGGCAGCUAUUGGAGGAAUCUCAGGAUGCAGAUAUUUUAUUGGGUCUUUUGAAAAGCGUAUUGACUGCAGUGCGUAUUCAUGAAGAUUCGUGGCCAUUUAGACAUCCCGUAGAUAGACAUGUUGUGACUGAUUAUUAUGAUCAUAUUAAAUAUCCUAUGGAUUUAAAAACAAUGGCAGAGAGACUGAAGGCUAAAUAUUAUGUAUCCAGGCGACUAUUCAUCGCAGAUAUGAUGAGAAUUUUUACAAACUGUAAGUUCUACAACUCCCCAGAAACGGAAUACUAUCAAUGUGCCGAAAACCUAAAACAGUAUUUUCAAACUAAAAUGAAGGAGAUUGGACUGUGGGAUAAAUAA